CAUUGCUGUCUCAUUUCCAAUCGUCUUUUUAUCUCAAAACUGGAACGUCUGUUUUUCUUUGUUUUUUUUAUUUAUUUUUAAAGUUGAAUUUCCACCAGAGCUGAAGAUUCCUUACAACAAGGUGACCCCAUUGCUUUGACGUUGCAAGUGAAUUUAUUCUCGAAUUGAAUUUAAGAUCAUAUUGAGAUAGAUGGAAAGAAUCUUGAUAGGGGUGAAGGAUAAUGGUAAUGUUGAUUUGUCUCUCAUCUGUUUGCAGCCAGCGUGUAGCAUGUAGAGAGAAUCCAUGGUUUUUAAAGUUAUUGCUAUUACGAUCACGAUGAAAAUGCUGAAUGCUGGAGUCAGACUGGAAUUUUCAUUUUAGUUCGAAACAAUCCCGCCCCGCUCGAAUCCAUUGAUCGCUCCAACCCUCACAAGGGGACAGAAACUGUUCCAAGUAAACUGUCCAUCCAUGCAAACAUUCCAGCAACACAGAAGCUCAGUCAUGGCAAGCAGAUUGUACCGAAAUAUAAAGCAAGAAGUCAAACCUGUUCCCUAUUGCUUUCCUCAACUCCCACCUAUUGAUCAAUCUUUCUGCUAUAGUGACAGCAGCCACGGAUCCCACUUUUCUGUUAAGAAUUCCCACGAACAUUAUUGCACUUUGGAGUCAUCUUCUGCAAUCAUCAGUUAUCCUGCGUACGACUCUUCAUUAAUUGUCGGUUUCUCACCAAAUGGAAGCCCAAUGUCACAGCAAGAUUCUCAGUCAUACCGAUCCGAUUUACAUUACUCUCCUGAUAAUACCAAUGGCUCUCCUAUUAGUUGUUCCUGCAUAACUGAUGAUGUAAGCGACUUGAGGGAUAAGCUGAGAGAGCUGGAGACUGCGAUGUUGGGGCCUGAUUCUGAUGUUAUUGACAGCACAACCUCACCAGAGAUGGCCAGCUGGAGACUUGUAAUGGAUGCAAUCUCCAGAGGGGACUUAAAGCAAGUCCUUGUCUCUUGUGCAAAAGCAAUGUCGGAUAAUGAUCUCUUGGUGGCACAGUGGUUAAUGGAUGAACUACGUCGAAUGGUGUCGGUUUCUGGUGAGCCAAUUCAGAGGUUGGGAGCAUACAUGUUGGAAGGGCUUGUGGCACGACUAACCUCCUCAGGGAGCUCAAUCUAUAAGGCUUUGCGAUGCAAAGAACCAGAGAGUGCUGAUCUACUAUCUUACAUGCACAUUCUUUACGAGGUUUGCCCUUACUUAAAGUUCGGCUACAUGUCUGCAAAUGGAGCCAUUGCAGAGGCCAUGAAAGAUGAAGAUAGAGUUCAUAUUAUCGAUUUCCAAAUAGCUCAGGGGAGUCAAUGGAUCACUCUCAUCCAAGCAUUUGCGGCUAGGCCUGGUGGACCACCCCACAUCCGUAUAACUGGUAUUGAUGAUUCCACAUCUGCACAUGCACGCGGAGGAGGCCUAAACAUCUUGGGGAAGAGGCUGUCCAAGCUUGCGAAGUACUUUAAUGUGCCAUUUGAAUUCCAUGCUGCUGCCAUGUCUGGUUGUGAGGUUCAGCGGGAACACCUUCAAGUUCAACCAGGAGAGGCUCUAGCCGUAAAUUUUGCUUUCAUGCUUCACCACAUGCCCGAUGAGAGCGUCAGCACUGAGAAUCACCGUGACCGACUCUUGAGGCUGGUUAAGAGCCUGUCUCCAAAGGUUGUAACCCUAGUUGAGCAGGAAUCAAACACAAAUACUGCUCCAUUCUUCCCAAGGUUCCUGGAGACAUUGAACUAUUACACAGCCAUGUUUGAAUCAAUUGAUGUAACUCUCGCCCGGGAACACAAAGAGCGGAUCAAUGUUGAACAGCAAUGCCUGGCGAGGGAUGUUGUUAACAUAAUAGCUUGUGAGGGAGGCGAGAGAGUGGAACGGCAUGAACUCAUGGGAAAAUGGAGGUCAAGGUUCAGAAUGGCAGGGUUCACUCCUUAUCCUUUAAGCUCAUUAGUUAAUGCCACCAUAACACUUCUUGAGAACUACUCUUAUAGAUAUAGGCUUGAAGAGAGAGAGGGGGCUCUGUACCUUGGUUGGAUGAACAGGGAUUUGGUUGCUUCCUGUGCAUGGAAGUGAUUUACAUUUUUGUCUUCUUUGCACUCUUUAAUGUUGUCCUCACACACUUGAGAACAAGGGACUUCAAUUAGUGUUAAUUUUAGGAGCCUGGGACACUUUGGUACGAAGUCCUAUAGCUCAUAAAUGGGGUUUUCUUUUACCAUGUACUUCCUUGCAAAAUCAUAAGUUAGCCACCACCUUUGCAAUCAUC